CCAGCAUGUAGGACAGCUCUCGCCUUAACACAAUACCUGAUUGCUAUGCCCAUGAAUUGGACCCCAUUUUUCCCAAACAAACCUCUGUGUAAUGCCUUUACCUCAUUAAUCUUGUUUGCCCUAUGGUCAUUUGCAUGUGGCUCAGAACUUCCCGAUACUGUGACACACCUGAUGUGAACCUUUCCAUCUACACAUACACACCCAUUCGGCUCCUGAAUGUGAAAGCAAUUUAUUGAUAUAAAACAGCUCAUUGUCUGGUUCACAGACUGGAUUCAUCCGGAAUAUUGAAAAACUAUCUCCAGAGAUGAAAAGGUGUCAGACCCUCACCUUAUUUUUCCUAACACUAAUAGUUGUCAUCUUUCUUUUCACAAGCCCCUCAUUUGAUAACAUUUUUUUAAGAGUAAAUGAUUUUACAAUCAUUCUGACAAACUAUUCGGCUAAAAUAAUGUCCAUUGGCCAAUGGUCUGAGAACAAGGUGAUUGUGAAACGCCCACACCCAAGCACAGAGCCUGGAAUUAUGUUUUUACAAACCUCCACUGAACUAAACCCUUCCCCAUUGGUCAUCUGCAGCAUCGAAUCAGCAGCUAGACUAAACCCAAACAAACCAGUUUAUUACUUCAUGCGAGGAUUCACUGGGAAAGUAUCUGCGUAUCGAGAACCUGAGUACAAAGGCAUCCCUCUGCUUUCUUCAUUCAAGAAUGUCAUCAUCUUGCCCUUGAAUCCUAAAGAAUUGUUCAACAACACGCCCUUGGCUGGAUGGUAUGUGAAGGUAGAUCCCAGCAAGGAAGGACACUGGUUGCAUGUGCUAGCUGAUGGCUGCCGGCUAGCCUUGCUGUGGAAGUACGGGGGCAUCUAUCUGGACUCGGAUAUCAUUUCACUCAAACCCUUGGAGUUCCGAAACUUUCUCUGUGAACAGUCGAGUAAUUAUGCCAAUAAUGCAGCUUUGGGAUUUAACCGCUCUCAUUCCUUUACCAAGAUGUGCUUAAGAGAUUUUGUUGAUAAAUACAAUGGAGCAGCUUGGGGCCAUCAGGGUCCAGACUUGAUGACCCGAAUGUUGAAGAAAUGGUGUGGAACUGAUAAUCUCAAUAACUUCCGCAACAAAGAUUGCAAAGGGAUUAUUUUCUUGUCCAACAACUGGUUCUAUCCAGUUCCAUAUUCUAAUUGGGGAAGGUUCUUUCGUAAAAAUACAUGGAAUAACAGCAAUGAUGCAAUCGAAAAGGAAUUCUCAAAGACUAGUGGAGUACAUAUCUGGAAGUAUAUGAUUGGUCAUCAGAAAAUUGAAAUCAAAGCAAGUCGAUCUUUGAUAGAAUAUUUAUUUAGUGAAUACUGUCCAAGCACAUACAAAUCUCUCCCAUCCCAGAUAGAAAAACCAGCAAAAAAUUAGUAACAUUGUCACUGAACAUCCUGGUUACACUGAACCUCCAUGUUAACGUGGACAAGGCAGGUUAGAACAGGAUGAUUCCUGGUCUAGUUUUGGUGAUCUUUCUUCCUGGGAUAUUUUUGAAUGUUGCCCAGCAUUUUUACACUAAUUGUUAAUUAUUACAAACAUCACUGCUAUGCAAACCAAUCACUGUGGCUGAGUUAAUGGAAUCCCACUUGGCUCCAUCUCAUGGAAUCUUCACUGGGAUCUUCCUGCUGUCCAUGAGGCUGCUGGGUGAUGGUAAGGAUUGGGUUUUGGUGUAGCUUGGUGUCCCAGAUGACAGUAGGAGAUAUGUAGAGGGGGGAAAAGGGGUCAGCAAAAAGAUGGAUGCUCUUUGUCUUUUGAACAUCACAUAUUUCUCCAACAAGAUGAAGACUAAACCAACCACUGGCCAAGGUCUCACACUCCCUUUCACUCUCACGAGCCAGCCUCUAGUUGUAUUUCUGCCCUGAGGUAAUUCACGUGGUACAGGAGCUGUCCUAUCUGAGGUGGACUAUAUACGUACAAGCCUGAAGGUCUCAGGCCCUCUUGUGAAAGUUCUGCUCAUUAUUAAACCAAUCAGCAGUAUCCGGGGACUGCAAAGCUUCCCAAUCCCAGAGUCGGAAAGUCAGUUCCACCUGUCUGUCUAUCAGAAUUGUUGCAAUUUCUUGCAUCUGAAGUAGAUCCUGCAGGUGUCAUCGGGCAUGGGAAUCCAAUCUUCUGUUUCUCUGAACCCAAGGCUUAGUCUUCUCUUGAAUAAUUCAUGGUGUUACUUUCUGCUCAGUAAGCACUGAGGUUACUUCGAUCAGAUCGGGGACAGUUAAUCGGUGCUCCUCAGUCAUCCUGAUUUCAGGUCUCGCGGACUUACUUGGAAUCUUGUCUCUUGGUGGAAUCCCACAAUCAUUGUGUUCCCGGUUACUCUGUCUCUGGCUAGUGACUGGUCAGGAAUGUGGAAUGUGGAGUUUAAUGUUGGUGAUGCUGCCUGGGAUCUGAAAGUCACUUUGAUCGUCACGAUUCAGAAGGAUUCUGAAUAGUUACUUAUGUUUAAAACAUUCUCAGGUUAUUUCUGCUUCCUGGUGGAUGAUGAAACUCGUGAAAAGUUUUAGUUUUCUAUCUUGUAUACUUUGAUUAAUUCAUUAACAUGAUGAAUGGAUCUAUUUUUAAAUUACUGCAAUGUUUCUGUCUUCUUGAUGAUGUGUGAAUAUGUAAAUCUCUGCUGAUGAUUUUGACGCAGUAAAUUGCUUUGGACAGGGUUGAAUUUGCCGUUGAUUUUAUUCGCCUCUGUGCUGGAUUGAGUCAUCAAUCCCACUCGGGUU